UGAGGCACCGAGUCUCCGAUUCAAGUGUUGAAAACCCAUCCAAAAUACUCGUCGAUUUCCAUUUUCUCAUCACCGCCGGCGACAAAAUUCUUCAUCGGUUGCUCACCGUUAUUUUUUGAUUCUCCCGACAAUGUAUGAUAAUCUUGGAGCACAGCCUGGUAUGCCUCGGCCACCUAAUGCUCAGCCAAAUCCUUUUGGGAACUCGUUCUACGGUGCUAGUUCGGGAUUCAUUAAAGGUGGACUGGGUGCUUAUGGAGAGAAAAUUUUGGGAUCUAGCUCUGAGUACGUGCAAAGUAAUAUCAGCAGAUACUUUUCUGACCCGCAAUACUAUUUCCAAGUCAAUGAUCAGUAUGUGAGGAAUAAACUGAAGGUUGUUCUUUUCCCAUUUCUCCACAGGGGCCACUGGACAAGAAUCUCCGAGCCAGUUGGUGGCAGGCUAUCCUACAAGCCCCCUAUUUACGAUAUAAAUGCUCCAGACUUAUAUAUUCCAUUUAUGGCAUUUGGUACCUAUGUGGUUCUUGCCGGACUGACAUUAGGUCUUCAUGGGAAGUUUAGCCCAGAAGCUCUAAACUGGCUGUUUGUGAAGGGGUUAGUGGGGUGGGCUUUUCAAGUAGCCCUACUGAAAAUGACGUUAUUCUCCCUGGGUAGUGGAGAGGCACCUCUGUUAGAAAUCGUGGCGUACGCUGGCUAUACAUUCACGGGUUUAUCUCUAGCUGUGCUGGGGAAACUAUGUUGGGGCUACGCGUACUACUUUCUUCUGCCGUGGACAUGCUUGUGCAUGGGAAUUUUCUUGGUGAAGACAAUGAAGCGAGUUCUGUUUGCGGAAGUAAGGACUUACGAUUCGAGCAGGCACCAUUACCUGCUGCUCUUCAUUGCCUUGGCUCAAUUCCCACUCCUCAUUUGGCUCGGCAAUAUUACUCUUAAUUGGCUGUUUUGAAACUGUUUGGUCUAUUUUCAUUGAUUUUUGUUGAUAAUCUAGUAUGGGUUUACUAACAACAUUUGAAUCUAGGCAACGUGUAUUUGCCGGGAGACGGACAUCUUUGUUUGUACAUGGAAAUGAAUGGUCAAUAGUUGUUAAGAGGUUUAUUUCCAUACAUAGUAUUUGAGUGUUUGGGGAAUGUGGUACUUGAAUGUAAGAAAACUAGCAGGAAAUUUAUCAGGCGAAACUGGUAAUGGUGUGAGCUGUAACGUAAAUGUUCGAUUGUUUGAAACUUGGCGUAGUUUUGAACUAGUAUUUUUGUCUGAAAUCUCAUUCUGUUUUCUAUA